CACCACCUCCACCACCCCCACCCAUGAUAGAUUUAUCUGCGGAUAUUGCCGCUAGACAAGGCUCGUUGAAGGGCGGGGAUGAACGCGGUGCUUUGUUCGAUCAGCUCAAUAAAGGUGCCGACGUGACGAAAGGACUGAAGAAAGUGACCGCUGACAUGCAGACUCACAAGAAUCCUGAAUUGAGAACAGCAAAUACCGUUCCGACCAAAAGCACACCACAGCCUGUUGCGCCUGCGGCUGGACCAGGAAGUAGAAUUGGCGCGGAUCCGACGAAAUCGCCGAAUAUGGAACUCGUCAAUGGAAAAAAGUGGAUGGUGGAGCAUCAGAACGGGAAUGAAGGAUUGGUCAUCAACGUCACAGCUAUUAAUCAAGCUGUGUACAUUUUCCGGUGCACGAACACUGUGGUGCAGGUGAAAGGGAAAUUGUCUUCUGUGGUGAUGGACUCUUGCAAGAAAACCGCGGUUGUGUUUGAUACACUUGUUGGUCCUGCGGAGUUCGUCAAUUGCCAAAGCUGCAAAUUGCAGAUCACUGAUACUGUUCCUAUCGUGUCGAUUGAUAAUUGCGACGGUAUACAAAUGUUUUUGUCUGCUGCUGCCAAGGAUGCAGUGAAGAUUGUGACUUCCAAAUCGUCGGAGAUGAACGUGAUGGUUCCAAAACGAGAUGGCGAUUUUGUGGAAUAUCCAAUUCCAGAACAAUUUUCGACGACCGUUACAGCCGACGGUUUGACGACCGUCGUCGCUGACAGCACUGGUUGAAGCCACCAAAUGCAAUGAAUAAGUCUUCGCAUGGGAAAGAAAACAGCGGUGUGAUUGAAUUCGACUCCUGGCUCGCUUCAAACUUAUUUAUUUUCGCUUCACCGAUUUGUCACGGCUUUUGAUUGAAUACGCGUUAUUUAUAUGCUUUAUCGCGUCGUUAUAGUAUUUAAACGCAGACGACAGGUUCACGACAGUUCACGUCUAACAAGGCUGCGCUUGAUUGCAUUUCUCGGGAACGAUUGAAGUUCCCCGUGAAUAUUUGUAAAUGGCUUCCCUGCUGCGAACGGGAAGCGGAACUUUGUGGCAUGACUCUGGAAGAUGGUUUAAAAAAAACGGUGUCUGGUAACUAAUCGCGUUGUCUGGAGAGACUGUAAUUCUUUAAUUGUGAAGUUCGGCUUUAGUGGUUGUAUGUUGCGUCUUGUGGAAUAAAGUCUGUCCCUAAUUUAACUUGAAAA